AUGGCCGGUCCAUAUCAUAACCCACCUUUACCAAACCUGAGGAUCUCUCCUAUUGUAAUUGUUCCAAAGAAAGAAGUAGACGGGUACCGCAUCAUCCACCACUUAUCGUAUCCAGAUGAAGUUUCGUCAGCUGAAACCAGAAGCCAGAACCAAACCGACACCAGUGCCCAAAAAUCUGUGGCUUAUCUAAAAUCCGAGGCUUUUGCCUUAAUUAAAGCAUCAGUGUCGAGCAAUACUCAACACACCUAUGCAGCUGCAUUGAGGUCAUUUGACAAAUUUCGUCACAAUCAUAAAAUACCUCUGAUUUGGCCUGUGCCGGUAGAUGAUAUUUUAUGUUACAUAGCCAGUAUGUCUAGGAAGGCCUUUGCAAGCUCAACUAUAGCUCAACAUCUCUCAGCUCUUGGCAGACAUCACAAAAUUAAUAGCUGGUCUGACCCUACUGAAAACCUUUUAGUUCGCAAAUGCAUGCAGGGAUACAGAAAUUCAGCAGCUCUGGUUUCGACACCUGAUGCAAGACACCCAAUCACAAUUGACAUGUUGAAGAGACUUCCUAGUGCCCUCCAGGCUAUUUGUAUGUCAGGUUAUGAAGCUUGUUUAUUUGCUGCCAUGUUCAACUUGGCAUUUUUUGCAUUCCUAUGGAUUGGUGAGAUAGCGUUUGUGACCAAGAUGAAUCAGGACAGAACACUUAAAUUGGCAGACGUCGGUAUCAUUGCACAGGCAGUGCACGUUAAGAUUUGCUUUUCGAAGAAUGAUCAACAUGGCAAAGGCACAACUCUGAUAAUCCCAGGUAAGUCUAAUCCUACAAUUCGCCCAGUCAGGUCAUUAAGUGUAUAUCUGUCUUUACGCUCAGCCCAACCAGGCCAGUUCUUCAUCCAUUUGAAUGGUAAAGCCGUCACCAGAUAUCAGUUCUCUGCAGUACUCCGGAAUGCCUUACAGUUCCUCAACUUUCACACACAAAACUACAACACACGCUCAUUCAGGAUUGGAGCUGCUACAUAUGCAGCAACACAGGGAAUACCACAUGAGCUACUUUGCAUAUGGGGUAGGUGGAAAUCUGCUGCAUACGCUAAGUACAUUCGCAUCAACAUGUUGUAACAACUCAUUUUUGACAGAAAUAUGGCCAUUAAGGUCAUUAAGUGCAUAUCUGUCUUUACGCUCAGCCCAACCAGGCCAGUUCUUCAUCCAUUUGAAUGGUAAAGCCGUCACCAGAUAUCAGUUCUCUGCAUUACUCCGGAAUGCCUUACAGUUCCUCAACUUUCACACACAAAACUACAACACACACUCAUUCAGGAUUGGAGCUGCUACAUAUGCAGCAACACAGGGAAUACCACAUGAGCUACUUUGCACAUGGGGCAGGUGGAAAUCUGCUGCAUACGCUAAGUACAUUCGCAUCAACAUGUUGUAACAACUCAUUUUUGACA